GAAUCAAAGUAAAUGUGUUAUUGUGUCCUGUGAAAGGAGUGAUUCUGGUAUACUGGAUAUACUGUGUGUGUAGAUAAGGGUGUAGGUUAACUCAGCCUCCGCACAUGUGACAUUUGUAGGUGGUGGAACAUCUCUUCAAAACAAGUUUUUUCAGUAACAAGUGCUUCCGCGACUUGUUAUGCAGCACAGAACACACACGCAUAGCUGAUAAACAACAAGUAACAAGAGUCAGUGUCACAUUUCCUUUUUCACACCACAUGUGACAGUAAGUCAGGCGGCUGCGUCUUGGUCUGUGGUAGCCCACCUGUCUGCAGCCCAGCUUGCGGGAUGAAGGCCUACUGGUGGAACUGUGUGUUGGGAUUACUCUGCAUGCCUGCUGAGGUAAUGCUCAGCACCUGGUCAGUUUCUCAAGAUCCCCUGUCCAUCUCUCUAAUGAGAGUCAACUCAUCAGCUGAGAUCACAUGCUCCGCGUCGCAGUCUGACCCCAUUAGCUUGCAACUACACCGGCGAUUUCACGGUUUUCAAAGGGACAUUGUGUACCUGGCCUUGGACAAAGGACUAGUGACCAAGAAUACUUCAACUCCAGAAUUCGAAGGCCGAAUUCACGUAGCUUCGGACCAGCAGAUUGGGGAGGGCUAUGGGGUCACCUUGCAGCUGUCUCUGCUGGGGCCGGAGGACACAGAUGUGUAUUACUGCAGCUGGAAAUACUUCAAUUCAGAGACAACGUCGUGUGAAACCCUGGCCAGCAUUGGCACCAUUAUUAUUGUCAGAGAGAGAGAUCCCCAGGAACACUGCAGGGGCCGCAUUUUGGAUCUCAUCCUGAUUGCCUUGAGCGUCACAGCAUUCACUGUCACAUUGCUCCUCCUCAUCGGGGCACUGAUUGUGAGAGGCAGACGAUUUAAAAAGAACUUCCGACCAGCCAGAGCUGUGAAACCAGCCAGAGCUGUGAAACCACCCAGACCUAACAGGCCUCAGCAUGUCUGUCCUCAGCAUGGAGAUCAACAUUACCCCUACUUAAUCACAUCUACAAAUCCCUUGGAUUUCAGGGGCAUUCUGUAAUUAUAUGAAUCAAUGCGUUGAUGAUGAUAAGAGAUGAUUAAUUGGAGCAGCUAUUGUCAACUAUACAGUAAAUGUAUCGCACAAAGGGUUUGCAACAGAUGAUUGAGAUAUAUUUUGAGUCAGCGGCUCGCCUUCGUGCUCAACCCAGGAAAGGUGUAUGACGCCUCACUCCGCUUUCCAUUUCCUUUUCUAUUCAAAUUUGUGUUUUGUUUGCAGAAAAGUGAUCGAGCUACCACAUCCUGGCUGAUGCGAGGUGUACAGGUGCGAGGCGUGUGAACAGUGUUGGUGAAGAAAAACUGCAGAGCAAGCAUUUUUGUUAUUCUGUAUGGGCUUGAUCUGUUGACAUAUGCAGCAUGUUUAUUCUAGGUGUUUCCUUUGUGUCUCAUAAAUAGUACAGAUUGUCAUUUUGUAAUGGGUUAUGUAUGUAUAAUUGUGAUGUGGUUUGUUUUUUUUUGUCUGAUGGGUCUUACUUGUCUGUCUGUCUAUGGUAACAGUAUGUCUAUUGUAUGUGUACUUUUUCUCAAACUGAGCUGCCUAUGGAUGCAAAAUGAAUUUCAGUGCAAACUGACAAUAAAGUUGUAUCGUAUCGUAUCGUAUCGUAUAAAUAGUGUCAACUUUGAAACAAAUGUGACCCACAGUUUUCUGUCUGAAUUGAUAUGUACAUGAUUAAAUCUGAACUUUUUCCAA